AUGAUCCGUGUUGAGUGUUCACACUGCAAAGCUCUGCAUUUCGUCCAAGAACGCAUUGGGGGCAGCUCUGCCGCAAGGCCCAUUUUUUCCACAUGCUGUGGGAAGGGGAAGCUGUCAUUGCCGCUUCUCCCCGACCCGCCAGCUCUUCUGCGCUCUCUUCUCAUCGAUGAUACUCCAAGGGCCCGCAGCUUCCGUAAGAACAUUCGAGCAUACAAUGUAGCACUAUCGAUGGCAUCCGUGGUCGCCAAAUGGGUGAACAGAGGUCCCGGUCCUUCUAAUUUUAACCCCACAAUGACGAUGCAGGGCGGGAUGUACCAUUACAUGGGUCCCAUGAUGCCAUCCGAAGGGCGGGCGCCUUCCUAUGCUUCCGUUUACAUUCAUGACACUGACUACGCCACCCAGACGCGCACAAGGCUUGGAAACUCUAGACAACUGGAAGAGGCACUGAUGACGCAACUGACACACAUGCUGCACGAAUGCAACGCCUACGUGCAGACGUUUCUGUGUAUGCGAGAAUGGGCUCACUCUCCUCACAACAACUUUCCUGCCACGUACCAGAUGGUCAUCCAUGCCGACCGCAGGCCAAGUCAUGAGCACGUGCGCCGGUACAAUGGUCCCGAAGCUUCUGAAGUCGCCGCAUUGAUCCCUGGAAAUGAAGACGGAGAGAUUGGGCGAAGAGAUAUCGUAGUGCGCAGGAGAGGGACUCUGAACAGUAACGGGAACGAAGUGCUGGAUCUGAUUUCAGUCAGUCAUCGCGCAUACGAUCCAUUGAGUUACGUGCUUUUGUUCCCGAACGGUAGAGAUGGAUGGUAUCCAGAGCUUCGAUUCUCCAGUGUUCAAGACGGCAGACGUACCAAGAUUACUCCGAUGAUGUACUACGGAUGGCAUUUGUUCGAAAGAGCAGGCGAGUUCAGCACAAUCUUGCACGCAGCACGACUCUUUCAGCAAUACUUGGUUGACCAGUUCUGCAAAGUGGAGGCAGAAAGGCUUUCUUAUCUCCGCCACAACCAGACACAACUUCGAGCCGCCGACUACACCUCACUGCGCGACAGCCUAGGAGACUCCGGUCGUGCUGAAGAUGAAGCCGAUGCCGUGCGUGCAGGACGACUGUUCAUUCUCCCUUCCACGUACAUUGGAGGUGACCGCUAUAUGAGGCAGCAGAUGCACGACAUCAUUGCUAUAUCGAACCAAAUUGGCCACCUGGACAUCUUCCUCACCAUGACAUGCAAUCCAAGCUGGCCGGAGAUCACAAGAGCCCUACUGCCGAACCAAACGCCUCAGGACAGACCGGAUCUGUGCGCACGUGUGUUUCGUCUGAAAAUGAAAGAUCUCAUGUCCUUGGUCAUCAACGAAGAAGUAUUCCGAACCGUUGUUGCCCAUGUACGAGUCAUCGAGUUUCAGAAACGCGGUCUUCCCCACGCUCACGUUGUAUUUUUCCUAGAUGAAGUCUCCAAGAAUGAUCUGCGUACUCCCGAAAACGUCGACCGCAUUAUCUCUGCCGAGAUCCCGUCUGCCCAAGAUCCAGAACUCCAAGAGGUCGUGCUCAAGCAUAUGAUUCACAAUCCAUGUGGAGAACACAAUCCAACAGCCGUGUGCAUGGGCGAGCGGUACUGCAGGAAAGGGUUUCCAAAAUCGUUCAAACACGAAACCAGCCAGUCCGACAGUGAGUACUACAUCACGUACCGAAGAAGGGCACCCUCUGCAGGUGGCGUCUCCAUCGAGCGACCCUCCCACAACUCCUGGGUCGUUCCCCACAGUCCUGUGCUUCUACGUUCAUUCGCUUGCCAUUUGAAUGUUGAACUCUGCGUGUCACGCGUUGGCGGAAUCAAGUACCUCUUCAAGUAUGUGUGCAAGGGACAAGACCGAGUGACCAUGGAAAUCACUGCCGAGAACGAGCGCUACGACGAGAUCUCCAACUUCCAAGAUGCCAGAUACGUUUCGGCGUCGGAGGCCGCAUGGAGGUUAUUCUCCUUUGACAUUGUAGACCGCAAUCCUCCAGUAGUCAGGCUUGCAGUGCAUCUGCCCAACCACCACACGGUUUACUUUGAGGAAGGGCGAGAGCAGGAGGCGGCGCUUCGACCAGCAACAGGCACGAAGCUGACCGAGUGGUUUAAAGCCAACGAGAAGUACCCAAGCGCGCGGCAUAUUCGGUACCACAAGUUUCCAAGGUACUUUACGUGGAAGACACACACCAAGUCAUGGACCUACGAUUUCAGUGGUACAGGUGUCAACGUAGUCGGUCGAAUCUACACUGUCAGUCCGAGGGAGGGUGAGCGCUACUUUCUUCGCCUCCUCCUCACACAAGUGCCAGGUGCAACAUCCUUCGAGAACUUGCGAAAUAUCGACGGUGAGCAGUGCACCAGCUUCCGACAAGCUUGCUUACGACUCGGUUUGCUGGCCGACGAUGCCGAGUGGAAGCACGCAAUCCGAGAUUCAUUCCGGUCAAGCUUCGUUCCUCUUUCUCAUCUGUUUGCUACGAUUCUGGCACACUGCCAGCCUUCGGACCCUCUCUCGCUGUGGAACGACCACCUGGACAUGUUUCUCACCGAUAUUCGCAAUCGUGCACGCGGACAACCUAUUCGAAGACAGCAGCUUCGCGAUGAUCACCACGCCACAUCUUACGUGCUUCGAGAGGUACAGGAGGCCCUGCAGAUCGUGCCGCAGCAGUGGGAAGAGCGACUACAGACGUCGUUGCCGCUGUUGAACACAAAUCAACGCCAUGCCUUUGACGAAAUAGUGGGCUCCAUGCUUCCAGGCGUAUCCGUCUUUGCAUUGCUUCAAGGAUCCUCAAGCGCCGUGGCAGGACCUUCUAUGCCGACACGAAGUGGUCGUCUCUUCUUCCUCGAUGCUCCAGGCGGAACAGGCAAAACAUUCGUGCUCAGCGCCAUUCAAGACUUCCUUCGUACGCGCCGUAAGCAAGUCAUCGCUGUCGCUACGUCUGCUGUUGCUGCUGUGUUGCUCGACGGUGGACGCACCGCUCAUUCCGUGUUCAAGGUUCCCAUUCCUGUAUCUGCCGAAAGCACGUGCAGCUUCUCCGCAAACUCCGACACUGGCCGUACACUGCAACAAGUCGAUCUCAUCAUAUGGGACGAGAUCGUCAUGUGCCAUCGACAUUGCAUUAAGACUGUCGAUCGCUCCCUUCGCGACUUGAUGCAAACCGACUGGCCCUUCGGAGGAAAGUUCCUCGUGCUCGCUGGAGACUUUAGACAAAUCCUUCCCGUCGUUCCGGGCGGGUCCAGAGGUCAAAUCGUGAGUGCGUGCGUCAAGGCUUCCCCGCUGUAUCGAGAGUGCCGAUUCCUGCGCCUUACCGAGAACAUGCGCCUUGCUGCUCUCCGAGCGGACCCUGCAGCAGAUGUGGAGGCUCUCAACUUUCCAGAGUUCCUCCUCAGCGUCGGGGAAGGCAGAAUUAACGGCCAACAGCGCCCGGAAUGGAUCUCACUACUACAGUCCGUUGCGUUCGAGCAUACCAUCCGCAAUUUAUGCCUCAAGGUCUUCCAAGGGAUUCGAGACAAUCACGCCGACCCUGCCUGGCUCACCAAGCGCGUUAUACUCACCACAAAGAACAGGCCGCUCGAGGAAGUCAACGAGGUCAUCGGCAACAUGAUUCCGGGACCGUGUCGAACGUACCUGAGCGCAGACAAGGUCGAGAACGAAGACACCAACGCGCUAAUGUAUCCCACAGAAAUGCUCAACACCUUGACCGCCGGAUCUGCUCUACCAGACCACAAGCUCAAGCUCAAGAAAGGCUUCAUCGUCAUGCUUCUGCGCAAUCUCGAUCCCGCUACCGGUCACGUCAACGGCGCGCGAUAUGUCAUCGAGAACAUGACCAACAACCUGCUCUUUCUACGCGUUACCACCGGGUCACACCAAGGCAACAGACUUUGUCUUCCUCGAAUGCCCUGCGGACCAGGAGACGACAACUUUCCCAUCCCUGGCUUCACCCGAACGCAGUUCCCCAUUCGCACGUGCUUCGCCCUUACAACGAACAAAGCGCAAGGCCAAUCCUUCGGUGGCCGCAUUGGUCUCGACUUACGAGAUCACUGCUUCUCGCACGGUCAACUCUACGUCGCACUAUCAAGGACUACUCACCCAGGGAACGUCACUGUCCUCACUCGAGAGUCCAAUGAAACAACGCGAAACAUAGUGUACCCCGAGGUCCUUCAGUAG